AUGACCCAUGGGCGCAGCUUCUUUCACAUUGUAGCAAGUCUAAUCAUCCUACAUUUGUCUGGGGCAACCAAAAAAGGAACAGAAAAGCAAGCUACUGCCGAAGGACAGAAACCAGUGCAGUGUGGAACCUGGACAAAGUAUGCAGAAGGAGGCAUCUUCACAUCUCCCAAUUACCCCAACAAAUAUCCUCCUGACAGAGAGUGUGUCUACAUCAUAGAAGCUGCCCCUAGACAAUGCAUUGAACUCCACUUUGAUGAGAAAUAUUCCAUAGAGCCUUCUUGGGAGUGUAAAUUUGACCACAUUGAAGUCCGAGAUGGACCUUUUGGCUUUUCCCCAAUCCUGGGACGUUUCUGUGGACAGCAAAAUCCACCUAAGAUAAAAUCCAGUGGAAGAUUCCUAUGGAUUAAAUUUUUUGCUGACGGUGAGCUGGAAUCUAUUGGGUUUUCUGCUCGAUACAAUUUUACACCUGAUCCAGAUUUUAAGGACCUUGGUGCUUUGAAGCCCUUGCCAGUUUGUGAGUUUGAGAUGGGAGGACCUGAAGGAAUUGUGGAAUCUGUACAAAUUGUCAAAGAAGGCAAAGCUUCUGAAACUGAAGCAGUAGACUGUAAAUGGUACAUCCGAGCACCACCCCGGUCCAAGAUCUAUUUGCGAUUCCUGGACUACGAGAUGCAGAAUUCCAACGAGUGCAAGAGGAAUUUUGUAGCUGUCUACGAUGGGAGCAGCUCAGUGGAGGAUCUAAAAGCCAAGUUCUGCAGCACUGUUGCCAAUGACGUGAUGCUGAGGACAGGGCUGGGAGUCAUCCGCAUGUGGGCAGAUGAAGGCAGUCGGAACAGCCACUUCCAGAUGCUCUUCACAUCCUUCCAAGAACCCCCUUGUGAAGCCAACACAUUCUUUUGCCACAGUAAUAUGUGUAUCAAUAACACCUUGGUCUGCAAUGGACUCCAGAACUGUGUAUAUCCCUGGGAUGAAAACCACUGCAAAGAAAAAAGAAAUGCUAACCUCUUGGACCAACUUACCAAUACCAGUGGGACUAUAAUUGGGGUGACUUCUUGCAUCGUGAUCAUCCUCAUUGUGAUCUCUGUUAUAGUGCAGAUCAAGCAGCCUCGGAAAAAAUUCGUCCAAAGGAAAGCAGACUUUGAUCAAACAGUAUUCCAGGAGGUGUUUGAGCCUCCUCACUAUGAGUUAUGCACCCUCAGAGGGACAGGCCAUACAGCUGACCUGGCUGACGUGGCAGAUGACUUUGAGAACUACCAUAAACUGCGGAGAUCAUCUUCCAAAUGCAUUCAUGACCAUCACUGUGGAUCACAAGUGUCUAGCAUUAAGGGCAGCCGGAGUAACCUCAGCACAAGAGAUGCUUCUGUCUUGACAGAAAUCCAGCCCCAGCCUGUCAAACCACUCAUCCAGCCUGUCAACAGGAGGAACAUCCUUGUCAUGAAACAUAGCUACUCCCAGGACGCUGCAGAUGCAUGUGAGAUUGACGAGAUUGAAGACGUCCCAACCACGAGCCACAGGCUGGCCAGACAUGACAAAGCUGUUCAGCGGUUCUGCCUCAUUGGGUCUCUAAGCAAACAUGAGUCUGAGUACAACACCACUAGGGUCUAG